AGGAGGAGCAGCAGCAGGAGCAGCAGCAGCCAGGAGUAGCAGGAGGAGGAGCAGCAGCCAGGAGCAGGAGUAGGAGCAGCAGCAGCGAGCCAUGGCGAAGCAGUACGACGUGCUCUUCAGGCUGCUCCUCAUCGGCGACUCGGGCGUGGGGAAGACCUGCCUGCUCUGCCGCUUCACCGACAACGAGUUCCACUCCUCGCACAUCACCACCAUAGGCAUCGACUUCAAGAUGAAGACGAUAGAAGUGGAUGGGAUUAAAGUGAGAAUACAGAUCUGGGAUACGGCAGGCCAGGAGAGGUACCAGACAAUCACCAAACAGUAUUACCGCAGGGCACAGGGCAUCUUUUUGGUGUAUGACAUCACGAGCGAGCGUUCCUUCCAGCACAUCUCAAAGUGGGCUGGCGAUGUGGAUGAGAUGGCACCAGAAGGGGUGGAGCGAGUCCUCAUUGGCAACAAAGUGGACAGCGAGGAGCUGAGGCAGGUCGGAGUAGAGCAAGGCAAGAAGCUUGCCAAAGAAUACGGAAUGGAGUUCUUCGAGACAAGUGCGUUCACAAACAACAACAUCAAAGAGGCUUUCACCAAGCUGACAGAGCUGGUGCUGAAGGCAAACAAGCAAGAGCUGGAAGGCUUGCGCUUGUCGUCCAGCGAAGAGGUCAGCCUGUCAGGUGACGAGGAGGUGAAGAAAGAGAAGAAAGAGCACCAACAGGAGAAGCAGCGGCCCUGCUCGUGCUGACCAUGGCCGCCCCCUUGUGCGCACGUGCCAUGCCUAAGGCACCGAGCACAGUGACGAGACGGUCGGAAGAGAAGUGCGAAGACGCCGCAACGGCACCGAAUAACAGUGCCGGAUACAGAGAACGUGUGGAUACAACAGGGUAGCAGAGGCAAAACAUCCCUGAUGCAAACCUAUAAGUGUCGGGCGCUCGGAGAAUUUCUUUAAUAGAAAUGCUUGGACGGUGACAGCAGUGCUGAGAAUUUAAAAGCACCGUACAUGUAAUGAUGUUUAAGAGAGGGUGGGGGGAAGCAAGGUACAUGCAAAACACUGAUACAGGGAGCAAAGCAAAUGAGAUGCAAAUAUGCUGAGACAGCUAGACUUUCCGAUGUUAACAAAUGGGAACAGUUUCCCCACUUUGAACAAUGGCAUAAACAAUCUGGGAUGUGUGAUUACAAACAAAAAGCACUGCCAACAACCAUGUAGUCAACCUGCUAUAUAUUUGUAGUUGUUUCUGUCCGUUCGUCCAAAGCCUCUUCCUACGAGGCACCCAAAUCACCAAAUACAAUCCAUGUGGGCUGGGUCAUACCUUCAUUAACUGGUCAAAGCAUUGUACUUGGGAAAUCAUUGUCUUGGCGUCACCGACUGCAUGGGCCAUUAGCAAUCGCAGGUCACUUCUUGUGUCCGUUGUUUGAGAUAGUGCAUUACAGAUGAGGGUGACGUUUACUGGGAAGUGACUGUGUUUAAACGAUUUGUUUACUUGAUAAUCAUGUCCAUUCAUGUUGUUGGUGGGAUGUCUGGAGCUAGGGACCUGACCGUAACAUUUAAGACGGAGAAAUGGUUUUUCCAAUAAUUUUAACCAUAAAAAAAUGAAGAUUCAGAAGAAAAGCCAGGGGUUUCGUUUUUUGUUUACAGAGCUCAAAUCAAAUUCUCAAUUCAACUCCUAUAAAUUUGCAUCUGCUCAUACUGUAUAUGCAGUCGUUUUUAUAUAUAUAAAAACACCUUAAACGGUUUAAUCUUGAGCAACUGUAAUUUAUAACUUUAUACAACAGCACAUCUAUUACAUACAAGUAUUGCUUUAAGCAUAUAGUAACAUGCUUUUUUUUGUGUUGAGAGAAAAAUGUUUAUUUUUAUUGCCUGGCCUGAAUAAAUCGAUCUUUAAAUAGUCACAUAAGUCACGGUCUAUCCACUGCUGGAUGAAGGCCUUUCCAAGCCGUCGCCAUUUCACACGGUCUCGUGUUCAAUGCACAUGAGCACAUGUGAUCGCUCCAUCUCCGAGGUGGACCAUCUCGAGCAUGUUCCUUAUUUCUGGCUGCCACUCCAUUCUUAGUUUUGACCAUUGAUCAUCAGCCCUGCUCCUUGACGUGUCUUGUGCAAGCUCACGCACUUUUCUCUAAGUUGUGUUUACAACUUGCAUACAUUCUCUGAUCAAUAUGCUCCACUCGGCGUCUGCGUAAAUUCCAAGAAUUGCACCUCUCCAUUCUUUCAGCUUUUGCUCCAUUUUUUUCGCCAUUGCCGCAUAUGUCAUUAUCUUAUUCGUUGGAUUAACCACGACACAUUUAAUGAGAACCCUUAUCAAGUGGAAUACAUGAUAGAGGUCGAAACAAAAUAUUAAAUAUUACCAGAACUUUUUAUGGAAGCCCAAAUAUCAAUCAGCAAGAUUAAUAAAAUACUUAAAUAAUGAUUUCGUCAUAGAUGUUUUCAGGAGGGUCCUGCCACGUUUUCACAGGAGUGGACGUUAACGGAUAUGUAUACAGGAUUCAAAUGAGUAAUUUAACAAUACAGGAAGGGGGAAAAUACAUGGAACGGCAUUGUCUUGAGUGGUGUAUUAUUAUGCAAUUGACAAAAACCGAGGCUAUUAAUGUCCCGGAAAGACUUACAGAUUCCCCAAGAUGGCUACCUCAAGAAGAGAACAUUCUGGGAAAACCAAGAUAGGCGGCAAUUCUAGUUGGAUGUUGGUACAGGUGGAUUGCUCUGUUCGCUGCGUAAUAAGGUGAUUCUCAUGCGCGUGAUGAGCAUGAUAAUCGGUAUUUCCUCCUUGAGAGCAUGAGAUGCACGUUGAAUGAGUAAUCCCGACUGUGCGACUCGAGAGGCAUGCAUUCUACACUAACUGCGUCCUCUUUAAUACUCUUGCAGCUAUGGCUAGGGCAUGGUUUCCAAAAUCGUGGGUCACUUACCACCCCGUCUAUGAGAACACAUCUGCACCUCUACUGGACAUCUGUGAAAAAGAGCUUUAUAUAGCUCGUCGGAUUCCUCCAGUACGUAAGGUGCGAAAGAAGUUCAACAUAGUGCAUACAGUACAUUGAAUUGUUAGAAGGUGAGAGGCGAAUAUUUAAAAAAAAUGCGAGGAAAGUGCAGGGAAAUAGCAUCAGCAGUCUGGUCACCACCUCAGAAUUGAAAUAUACAAAGUUGUAUUUGUUUAUGACAUCGUGACGGGGGAAGAUCACGUGACCCCCCCCCCCCAAACUAUGUUGCGAGAGGUCAAACGGGUCUGAACGUAAUCAAGUGGUUGUGUGCCGUUUGAAAAACGUUUGUGGGUAACAGCUGAAUAUGUGUGUAACUUUGAGGUUGUGUACACCGUUCAUAUUUGUGUGAUGUGUGAUACGGAUAGUGGAGUGCUUUUUUGACACCUUGUGAUUAAGUUAUAAACAAUUCUUGUACAUACAAACGUUCAUGUUUUCUAAAAGAAAUGUUUCUAACAUGCACAGGUUUGAGAAAUAUUUGUUAGUUAUUUUUAAUACGUGAAAAAUUCAAGCAGUUCCAUUGUUACAUUAAAAGGCCAAUGUGAGCCUUGACAGGGUGAAACAGGAAGUUGUGACGUAUCAUUCGCGUCAACUUUUAUAGACACUGGUGUGGGUCAAUUUUAUAACGUUUGGAAAACGAGGACCGAUGGAACGUGGCACAAACUCGACUGCCUGCGAUUUGAAUGUGUGAUUGAUUAAGUAAAAGCUCGAAAUUAAUGUAUGUUUCCACCCAAUGUUUAAAAAUGUGGUAAAACAUGCUUUUGUUGUCUUGGAUGAUUGUUUUUUAAAUGUAACAGGUGGUUCCGGAUUGUAAAGAAGGAUUAAAAUGAUGGAAAUAUCUUGAGUCACAAUGGACUCAAGUAAUUAUUA